AUGGGUCCCGUGGAGCUACGCGUCGUGGCGUUCGUGCUCCAGCACCAGCCGUACAUCGCCGCCCCUGAAGAACUAGGGAGUGAUAUCUCUCGGCUCCUCGGACCGUCAUCCAACCUCUCGCUCAGUGACGCGUGCCACUUUGGCUCGAUCCUGUUGCUGGACUGGAUCUGGGAGUCGAGCUGCUCUUCAGCUGCUGUUAGGGCCAACGCGUGGUCUCUCUCCAAUUUUCUACGGUCGGAUACGCACUACUAUCGCUGGCAGUUCGCCAGGGCGGUCACUGUCGCUGCAGGUCGCGGGGAUUUGAGUGUACUGACGUGGAUCUUUGAGCAUUUCUCGGGCUGUGUGGGGCCCGUGGAGACUGUCGAGGCAGCCGCUGCCAAUGGCCACUUAGCAGUGCUUAAGUACCUUGAUGCAGUUGGAGGUGGACGCGCGUACAGCAACGACCGUGCCCCAGACGUGCCGUUGGAGUGGAAUGGACCGGGGAACUACGUAUGCUGGGGUGGGAAGAGUAUGCAGAAGGCAGUUGAGAACGGUCACGCGGAUGUUGCGCGAUGGUUGUACAGCAACACUCCCUACGAACCCGUGUAUGGAGAGAUAGAUCUGGUCAUCUGCGGUGCGCUCAAGCUUGGAGACGUCGAGCUGGCUCAGUUGUUUAUGCCUCCAGGUAGAAACCUCUUCGACUACGCGUUCGACUGUCCGCACCCCGACGUGAUUGAGCUGAUGCUGGAGGGUGGGCACUUAGAGCGGAACCAAAAUGCCUCUGCUAUUGCUAUAGUGAGCCUAGCUGCACAUGGACGGCUGGAUCUUCUGGAGCGUGUUGCUAAAAUCUACACUCCACCACCAACUGAUGAUAUAAUUUGGUUGGACCAUUGGCGCCAAGCUAUGGUUGAAGCGAUCAAGCGAGACGACCUGCCCCUGCUUCAAUGGCUGGUACAGCUUCCAAGUGGACGCAUGCUACUGGAGAACAAGACGCUAGGCGAUCAAGCUUCGCGUAUGCUCGGUCUUGCCGCCUCAAACGGCUGCGUCGAGAUCAUGCAAUUUCUUCAUGAAGAAGGCAUUGCUGAUGGAUACGAAGACGCUUUGGUUAAAGGUGUUCGUAGCGGUCACUUGCAUGCCGUAAAGUGGCUGCUUCCGCGCGUCAAAAGACCGACAAAUGAGAAUUUGAUGGACGAAGCUGCCAAAUCCGAAGGCUGCUCGUUCAAGGCGAUCGAGGCAGCAAUCAGCAACGGCCACCUCCAAGUUGCUUUCUGGUUAAGAGGCCACUACCCGCAUCAUUUUCCUGCUAUGGUGGGCAAGUCCAUCUCCUCGGAUAAAACCUUGGAGGUUCUGCUGUUUCUUCACGUACACUAUCCCCACGUCUUCACUAUUUGGUUCCGUGCCAGGAUUCAACGGCCUCUUGUAAGCACCAGCAGGACUGAAAGCGGUGGUCUCGUUGUCCAAUGGCUGGAAACACACCACCCAGACUACGAUAUCUCCGAUCUUUAG